AUGAAAACACGGAGCCAGAGUCGAAGUACAGUCGUUGAUCAAGUAGUCUCUUCAACGUCACCACCUUCACCUUUACCAAUGUCGGAUCGCAAUGACGACUCGCAAUGUGAGGAGGACGAUGACAGCGAUUGGAGUUUGGAGAACAUGCCAUCAAUGGAACCAAACGAGGACAGCGACAGUGAAUACAUAAGACCCAUUGCAUCAGCACACAAACAACGGCAAGGCAUCGCAACAAAGAAGGUUUUAGCACACAAGCGACCUGCUACAUCCGUUAUGAAGCAAUCUACAUGUACUUCAUCCGCAUCUACCACUGCAACAAAUGACACAAUCAAUGCUUUAUAUCAAAAGGCUCUGGCUACAUCGCGCACACUGAAAAGCCUAUCUCAUGAAAAGUACAACGAGCUUUUGGCGGAAAUGAUGUUACUAAAGGAUGAAGACCCUACCAAGGAGGAAUCACUUGAGAGCAACCCCGAUGAAGCACAUCUAAUCGUCUCGCCUUGUACACCAGAGGAACUGAAGCGAAGAUUGAGAUACCAUCAUCCUUACUUGGACGCCAAUAUCAGCAGCUUAUUGGCGACAAAUAUACCUGGCAUGCAAAAGACAACAUAUGGAGUGGAUGAUAUGAUUCAAUUGGAAGCUGUCAUCAACGGUACCAAACAAGAUGAUACCGUGAAGGCACUCGCUGAGCUCCUCGAUAGUGGUGAAGGUCCCAAUUUGGUGGUUGUGCAACAGCAUGCCGUGAGAACGUGGGUUUUCAACUUAAAUGUUCUUUACUGCAAAGGACACAGAAUCCAUGUGUAUCGCGAGGAAGCCCUUACCCCUAACGUGGAAGCUAGAAUGGAACAACGUCACAUUGUCAUUACCAGUUACAACACCAUAGAGAAGCACUUCCAAGAAAGAAACAGCACCCGGUGCGAUACAAACGAGAUACAUGUACAACAACGCUAUUCAAUCAUCCACAAGAUCAAAUGGAAUAGAGUGAUCCUCAUAGAGGCCAGCGUCUUACAUGCCAAUGAAACUGCAGCCACGAAAGCAGUGUGUGCGUUGGAUGCGAAGGCCCGGUGGUUGGUAACCGAUACUCCUCUCGAAAACAACGCCAUCCUUUGGGAGAGCUUCGUCCGGUUUUUACGCUUGGAACCAAUUAAUCUCUACCUCUGCAUUGAUUGCUCUUGUAACAAGGGCCGAUGGACGACCUUCGAUCAGGGUGAUUGCUACGAGUGCUCCCAUCCCAUAGAGCACCAUUACAACUGGUGGAAGCAUAACAUUGUUGGUGACUUGAUUGAUGUAAAGCAGAAAGACAUGCUCGAAAAGGCAAUCCAAAACAUUACAUUGUAA